AAAAAAAACAAACUAUUAUGUUCGAUCUGCACCGAAGUAGAUGUGUCGUAUAUAUGCGAAUUUUUUUGGAAGAUUUUUUUUUUAUGUUCCAUUCAGAAUUAUAAAUUGUACGAUUCAGCACUUCGAAUCGUUUGAUUGACCAAUCAGAACAAAAAAUUCUACCAUGUGACCAAUUAUAAAACAUUUCAUAGCAUCAAGUAGAUUGCAUAUUGGCUGGAUUCCGUAAAGCGCAUAUGCGCGCAUUUAUCUAUAGUUCAUGUCACGUAUAUUAUAGACUUUCAGUACUGACAGUGAUUAUUGGAACGCAGCCCAAAAGUAGAGGAAGAUAAUCAUGUCUAAUCACACAUAAAGGCUUUUAUUUACAUUUUGUUAGCACGAUUGGGAGGGGUGUCACGCGCGCGAAUAAAACGCGUGACGUUACGUGACGUCCCGAAAGAUAUCAACAAACAGAAGAGGACUAUUGCUUUGUACGAUUUUCGCAAUUUUACUUCAUCUUCGGAGGGAUAUGUCCAACAGCAUGGAGCGAGAUAAAAAUGAGAGGUUAACCGCGAGAGAAAUCGAAGAAGAGCAAAUGAAACGCGAGCUCACGGGUAUUGGGAUAUAUGAGCCAGGAUUUACAUAUAAAGAUAUGAAAAGACUGCUUGAAUUUGUCAAUGAAUUUCAAGAUACGUCACAUACUACCAAUAACAAAAAUAUACAAGAGGGAACACAUUCUGACAAUGAGUGCCUAUCAGAUGUUACUUCUGAUGCAAAAGUGCAGCAGGAAGUGGCUUUGCCAAAGUGUACAGAGAUGUCAAGACCGUUAUAUUCACACAAAUUGAAUCAUACAUCUCCAACUACACAUGAACGUAAGACUCACUGUAUCAGUCCGGAAUCCCCGCCUCUUUUUGAAACACGAAACUCUACAUAUAGAUGUAGUUCCGACAGUGAUGAGAUAUUCAAGAAACAGUAUGAUAAUGCUAACUCCACGUAUAGCAGAAAUCAACUUCUCUCGUUAAGAUUGGAAAACGUCUCACAGGAUUGUCAGAAUGUAGCAGAAAAAAAAACUGUACAGAACACGCAGGAUGAGGUUGUCCAGAAAUUAGAAAGAUGGCGGUUGAAUCCGCUCGAUAUUUGUAUCAACGAAAAUGACGUGCCUUUGCGACAGCCAAAUCGAUUUUCGGCUCGAGAACAUGAGCCGUUUGGGCAUUGCAAAGAAGUGAACAUGUCCGAUGCGCGACAGCGCGACCAAUUAAUACGUUCCAUGAGCCAGCAUUUGAAGGAAAUGGCAGACUUGGGGUACAAUUGGCUCCCUGUUACCAAUUCGAUAUUUCGAUGGGGCUCACCCAUUCAGGUUGGCACUGCUAACAGUAGAAUGGAUAAAAAGUCAUUAACAAGUCCUAAGACUGAACAAAUCAAAGCGGAAUGUACAUAUCGGGAUAGUCAUGAGCGAGCUAGUAAACGUAAAGCCAAUGUUCUCAUCGCUAAUGUGAAUAAAGACAGUUCUACAGAGGAUGAAGAGAGCGAUCUGUACGACUUCACUUAUGUUAAAAAAAAAGAGCUCAAUCUGAUGAAAUCGAAUAAUGUAGUAUUAAAUCAGUAUGCGCGUGCUAGUCGUAAGAAAACGUCAAAUGUGACCCUGAAUCAAGAGCAUUCCAGCGAUGACAAUAGCGAUACGGAUAUCAAUAAUGAUCAUAUUAAACGCUUAUGCUCCAAAAGACAAAUUGAAACUGAAGAGGAUAAAAGAAUAUCACCCGAAUUAAUUACUUCUAAAAGGAUAAUAACCCCUAAUCCUAAACCGCGUUUGAGUUUAGCUAGACAUAGGAGAGAAAGUGCUAUGUUGAAAUUGUCUCCAAAAAUGCGACGUAUCAAUGAGAGUAAAGUUGUUGAAAAAACAAAUCAAAAGAAGGACAAUAAAAUGACUGAAGAAGAAAUUCGUCAGAAUCUGGAACAAUGGAGCGAUGAAGAAAAGAUUACGGUAGAAAAGGACAUAGAGAUUCGUCCAUUGCCGAUAUCAGAAGAUGUACAAUCCAAAUUACGAGAGAAACGAUUGUUACUUAACAAAACGAAAACGACGAAAGAAAUGCGGGCGGCAGCGAGAGAAGAAGAUAGCGAUGGGGAACAGAACAAGAAAAAGAAAGUUAAAUUAUGCGAAGAACAGAAGGAAACAGAAUUAUUUAACAAAAAUAGAAACGGAAGCUGGGAACAUGAAUUAAUGUCCAAUGAUGAGGAAGAAUUGUCUAUGAUGAAUCAAGAAUCUGAUGUACAGAUUGGUAAUCAGUCUGAUGUCAAUGUACCUGUUCCGACAAAUGAUGUAAGUUGUCCUAUAUGCAAUAAAUGGUUUCCACAUGACGAGAUAGAGAAUCAUGCCGCCGAUUGCGAUCAAUUCGAAAUAAAUAACGAACAGGAUGAUAGUGAUAUGGAUCAAUUGGAAUGUAAUAUAUGCAGCAAUUACCAAACAAAUAAUGGAAAGGAAUACGAUGAACAUGUUCAGCAGUGUAUAAAUAAUAGGAAUAAUCAAAGGCACUCUCGUGGUCUUGAAAAUACUGAAAACAUCUCUACCUCAUCUUUUCGCAAGUUUAAACCGAUCAGUGAACAGAAAGAUUCCGAGAUAGAUUAUUUGAAUCAAUUUCCAUCUACUAGUAAAAAAAACGUAUAUAUAAAUAGAAAAAGGAAACGUUGAUCAAUCUCAUAUCUUUAUGAAAAUUUCAAAUAUAUAAUUAUAUUUUUUCUUUUAUUUCAAAUAAAAGAUCUUUUUCUUUAGCAAAUUACACUAAGUGCUAUUACAUAGAGUUGACUGAAGUAAAUAUAUCUUUUUAAUAUAUCUUUUUUGCAUUUUUAACAAUUUGUAUUAAUUACGUAUUGAAUAAUACGCAUACACAAAAUAUCUUAUAAUUCACAAUUUAAUGGUAGACUCUUCCAGCAAUUUGAUAUCACGUGAUAUUGUCGAGCAAAACUAUUAUAUUUAUCCCAAUUUGUAACAUUAUACAAUCUUUUAUA